UAGGCUGGUUUGUAACAACCUAUUCGAAAGUUUAUAUAGGUUGUGGAUGAAAUGCCGCCAAGAAAACUGUUUGUUGUCGACGUGUUGAAGGUUGGUAGGAAAAUGUGCUGCGCUAUCUUAGUGUCCAGAGGUUUCCUCGUAGGCUUUCUGCUGGGUAUAGUGAUAACCCAUUUAUUGGCAAUGGUAUCAGUCGAAGUGAAUCCCCAAUUAUUUGCUAGUGAAUCUGCUUCUGAACUGGAACAGCUAAAAAUCAAUGUUGAACCUAUAACAACAACAACAACUACAGUUAAAACAACAACUACAACUGUCUCACCUACGCUGCUGAAACGACACGAUCGUAUUCUUUGUUGGGUGGCUACUUCACCCAAAACCCAUUCGAGAGCAAGUUUGGUCAAAGAAACUUGGGGAAAACGUUGUGAUAAAUUGUUGUUCAUGAGUUCCAAACAAGAUAACAUACUACCGGACGCAAUUGUUCUACCAGGAAAUGACACGUACGCCAAUCUAUGGGGAAAAACUCAAGAAGCAGUAAAAUACAUUUAUCGUCAUCACUUGAAGGAAUUUGAUUGGUUCUACAAAGCUGAUGAUGACACGUACGCGGUGAUUGAAAAUUUACGUCACUUGCUUUUACCUUUCAACGCUUCAGCGCCACUUCAUCUCGGCUUCAAAUACAGGAAUCCAGAAGUCAAACAAGGUUUCCAUUCCGGUGGACCGGGUUAUGUUUUAUCGCGAGAAGCUGUCCGUCGAUUCGUUGAAAUCGGUCUGCAAUUCAAUGAGAAUGUAAGCAGCACACUGGAUGUUACUUUACAAAAUGGAACUAUGGUCAAUAUUACUAAGAGUAGCAGUGACCGCAAUCUGUGUGUACCCGGACCCAAAGGACUUGAAGACUUCAACAUGGGAAAAUGCCUGGAUAAGUUGAAUGUGACAGCAGGUGAUUCAAGAGAUGACGACAACAUUGAACGUUUCUUGCCCUGGAGGCUGGAAGAUAUGAUUUGCGGCCAUCUAAAGUUUAAGGGUAGCUGGUUUCUUCGAGACUGGUCAUUUUAUCCACUCAAAAAGGACAUGGAAUGCUGUUCCCCAUAUGCAGUCUCAUUCCAUUAUGUAAAGGAUUAUCAACUCAAAGUCUACGAGUACCUCAUCUACAGAUUACGUCUUCAUCACUAGUCGGCUUGUUACUAAUCGACAUCACGUUUUGCUUUAUAUGACUGUACAGACCAGUA